GAUUGGACGAGAAUAAUUGUAGCCGAUAGUGUGCGAGCUCUGAUAAGACCCGUUUUAUAUAGUUUAUCCUCACGUGCCGCCGCUCAUUUAGUAGUGUGGCGAGCAGCAGUGGAGUCGUACUUGUUACUAGUCAUUAAAUUAUUUUAACAACUAAAUCAAAAUGUGCGACGAGGAAGUUGCUGCGUUGGUAGUGGACAAUGGCUCCGGUAUGUGCAAGGCCGGCUUCGCCGGGGACGACGCGCCCCGCGCCGUUUUCCCCUCGAUCGUCGGCAGACCCCGCCACCAGGGCGUGAUGGUCGGCAUGGGCCAGAAAGACUCCUACGUCGGAGACGAAGCCCAGAGCAAGAGAGGCAUCCUCACCCUAAAAUACCCUAUCGAGCACGGCAUCGUCACCAACUGGGACGACAUGGAGAAGAUCUGGCACCACACCUUCUACAAUGAGCUGCGUGUAGCCCCCGAGGAGCACCCCGUGCUGCUCACAGAGGCUCCCCUCAACCCUAAGGCCAACAGAGAGAAGAUGACCCAGAUCAUGUUCGAGACCUUCAACACCCCCGCCAUGUACGUGGCCAUCCAGGCCGUGCUGUCGCUGUACGCGUCCGGUCGUACCACCGGUAUCGUGCUGGACUCCGGCGACGGUGUCUCCCACACGGUGCCCAUCUACGAGGGCUACGCGCUGCCGCACGCCAUCCUGCGUCUGGACUUGGCCGGCCGCGACCUCACAGACUACCUGAUGAAGAUCCUUACAGAGCGUGGCUACUCGUUCACCACCACGGCCGAGAGAGAAAUCGUGCGCGACAUCAAGGAGAAGCUCUGCUACGUCGCGCUCGACUUCGAGCAAGAGAUGGCCACCGCCGCCUCCAGCAGCUCGCUCGAGAAGUCCUAUGAACUUCCCGACGGUCAAGUCAUCACCAUCGGAAACGAGAGGUUCCGUUGCCCAGAAGCUCUCUUCCAGCCCUCAUUCUUGGGUAUGGAAGCUAACGGCAUCCACGAAACGACAUACAACUCCAUCAUGAAGUGCGAUGUCGACAUCCGUAAGGACUUGUACGCCAACACAGUAUUGUCCGGAGGUACCACCAUGUACCCAGGAAUCGCCGACCGUAUGCAGAAGGAAAUCACAGCGCUCGCGCCCUCGACGAUGAAGAUCAAGAUCAUCGCGCCCCCAGAGAGGAAGUACUCCGUAUGGAUCGGAGGAUCGAUCCUCGCGUCCCUCUCUACCUUCCAGCAGAUGUGGAUCUCGAAACAGGAAUACGACGAGUCCGGCCCCUCAAUUGUGCACAGGAAGUGCUUCUAAAUGCCAAGUGAGACUUUUCCUAAGUUAUGAUGCCCUACACCAGACCCCUGAAUGGGCGGCUCAAAUUACGCUUGUGAUUUAUUAUUUAAGUACAGUAUUUUAAUAGGUUGUAAGGUAUCGUAAUAUGCAUAUUACGUAAAUUCAAUUUUGACAAAGAUUUUUAUUUAUGAAAAGUUACUAACCAAUAUUUGUAAUAAAAAUAAUUUAUAUACCGGUAUAAAAA